UAGCAGGGUCAUAUCGCAGCUGUACGACUGGGCUGCAUGAUUCAUAUGAUUCUGCUCCAGAUUCUGUAUCUGUCAAGAGCAUGGACCAAGUCGAGGCAAAAAUGGACCAAGAUGGCUAUCCUGCAUUCCAUUUGAGCAAGCCAAGAUUCGAUCAGAGCACAUUUCUUGGACGAUAUCGUCACUUCUUGGAUAUUAUUGACCCAAGGACUCUAUUUGUUUCCAAGAAAAAGCUGAAUGAUUCCAUUGAGCUCCUUGCCGCAUAUAAGAAAGGAAGUCUGCCUGAUGGGGUUACCAAUAAACAGCUCUGGGAGGCACAGAAAAUUAAACAGGCAAUAAUUCACCCUGAUACAGGAGAAAAGGUUUUUAUGCCUUUCAGAAUGUCAGGAUUUGUUCCAUUUGGAUCACCCAUUGUUGUAGGCCUCUUACUACCAAACCAAACCCUUGCAUCUACUGUAUUCUGGCAAUGGUUUAACCAAAGUCACAACGCUGGAGUCAACUAUGCAAAUAGAAAUGCUACUAAAGAGACUCCUAUGGCUAGUUUUAUCAUGGGAUAUGUAGGAGCUGUGUCAAGUGCCUGUUCAAUAGCAGUUGGUUUAAAUCUGUUUCUUAAGAGAAGUACCAAUGUCAGUCCAGCAAAACAGAUGAUCAUCCAAAGAUUUGUGCCUUUCCCAGCUGUUGCCACAGCUAGUGUAUGCAAUGUAACUCUGAUGAGAUUCAGUGAACUUCAGACAGGGAUUGAGGUAAUGGAUCAUAACAAUCGGGUUGUUGGCACAUCCAAGGUGGCUGCUAAAAAGGCCCUUUUGGAGACAGCAUUGACCAGAGCUUUCCUUCCUGCUCCUAUUCUGUUAAUACCUCCCAUCGUCAUGACACUUAUUGAAAACAAGACGACAUUUCUGAAGCGUUAUCCUCGUCUGAAUCUACCUGUCCAGGCCAUCGUCGCCACUGCUUCUUUUGCCUUUGCCUUACCGCUAGCCAUCAGUAUCUUUCCUCAGACCAGUCAUAUAUCAACUUCAAAACUUGAGCCCGAAAUCCAGGAAAUUUGCAAGGAAGCAACAGUGAAAUACAACAAAGGUCUAUGAAUGAUCAGUACUAAAGAAAGCCUGUAAUUCCUCCAACACAUUCCAGAGUUUAAUGAUAUUUCAUUUUCAACACACUUAGGCCCUUAUUCUGAACUUGGGUUUAAAAUUAACACUGGUUUAAUGUUGUGGUUUAACUAUUGUAUUCUCACCCUGUGCCAUCUUACAGGAAGCAAAGGGCUUUGUUAACCCAUUUGACACUUAUAUUGUUCAAAAUUGUCUGUGAAUGAUACCUGAAGUAUUUUUCUUCAUUAUGAAAGCAAAAGGAAACUUAAUAGUAAACAUAAGAAAUAUUUGAAAUAACCAGAAUUUUUUAAUUUUGGCUCCCCAUAAUUUUAGUACAGAGUUAGACUGUGGUCUAAGUUAAACCUGACUUCAGAAUACGGCCUCUUGAGUGAUGUGUAUCAAAGGUUUGUUUGAGUGAAGGGAGUUUGAGUUCUGAAGAACCAACAAGAUCUAUUGAUAUUCUCUGAAACACCCACGGUCCAUUUGUCACAAAUGUGAUCAAUUUUAACUUUGAAUCACAAGGGUAGCAUUUUUUUUUUGGUCAUCUGAUGAGGGUAUUUCAUCAACAUAUUUUUCUUCUGACAAGUUCGAUUUUGAUUUGCUAAGAAGCACAGUUUCUUUGGUAACUGUCGGACAGGUCCGUUUGAUAUGCCGGGAAGCACUGUUACUGCAGUAACUUUUGGAUGAAACGGGCUUUGUCAGAUAAAAUGUUUGAUGAAAUAUUCCUCAGAUCUGUUUGGUAUUGGUAAGUCAUCAUUCACAUUCAACAAUAAUCUUUAUAAUUACAAACCUUUUGAAUUCCUAGUUUGCAAAGACCUGGGUGGUGUUUCAUCACAAAGAUUAAGUAUGACUUAGAGUCGCACUUAAAUGCUGAAGCAUAUAUGACAUGCAAUGCGCAAUCUUAUUGAUCAAUACGCAGUAGUGCGCGUCCUCUUAGCAUGAUCUGACCGAUGCGGUUAUGCCUUUUAUACCGCACUCAACUAGGCAUUUAAGUGCGACUGUGAGUCAUUAUUUUUUGUCAAACAUCCCCCCCCCAGCAGUGGUUGAUGAAAUAAUCAACCUGCGAAAUCUAAGCCUUGAUCCUGAACAUAACCAGAAGGUCUUCAUGAACCAACACACAAAAGAAGAAAAAAAUAAAAGUGAGAGCAGAAUGCUUAGAAGUAAAUCACUGAAGAAGAUGAUGUCUUUGAUACCAUAGAUAUGCGAGGUUCAACUUUUUAUUGCAAAAAUAUUCUAGAGUUCCAUGAAGUUUGCAGCAAAGCUCAUAGAAAUUACAAUGGUGCACGUUAUGAGCUCCUCUAGAGGUCAUUUUAAGAAGUCUGAAUAAAUGUUAAGUAUGUGAAGAAGAAAAAUUUUCUCAAGCUCUCAAUCUCUGUAAAAAUGGGAAGAAACCCUGCUAUUAUCUUGACAAUUCCAUAAAAUAAUAAACGAUUUUUUGUUUGUCCAACCCCCAUUUUUAUUUCUCCACUUUAACUUCAUUUUAUGAACUGAUUGAGCCAUGCUAAUUUGAGAGCAAUACUAUCUUUUUAAAUAAACUAGAAAACAAAGAGAAGUAAAUAUCCCACAUAAAGGUGGUACAUACUUAAUGGAAUUGCCCAUCUUCAAGUGUGUUGACCUGAGCAGUCUUCAAAAGGAAAUACUGCCCUCUUUAGUUUAAUCUUACAUACAGGAGAGGAAAUCUUAGCUGCAGGGAGAUGAGAUAUCAUCAUCAUCACUUUAUAUAAUAUUCUGUUAAACAUUGGUAUUGUGAUACCAACGUCUAUGUAGUGCUUCCUUUUUUUGGUGCCUUUGAAAUAUAAAGAAUCUAUCUCUGAAUGCUCUUUGAAUUUAUUUGAUUAAUUUCUAUGAUGCUUGGUCAAGAAUUUCUGUUUUUUUUAAUGUUUUAUUAAGAAAUAUGUGGUCUUUGUGAUUAUUGAAAAAUUUUAUGGAUAAAAAAGCAUGAAAUUUAACCUUUCAUCCCAUAUAUCUUUUAUAUUGAAAAUCAUGUUAUGUGGUCACAAAAAACGAACUCCUUUUCAUCUCCUUUUAUUUUUUUAUCUCCUUUAAAUUCUUUACUUUUUAAUUCUUGUGCUUUUAAAAUGAGAUUUUUAGAAUCUGUACUGCUGAAAUAAGACAUUGAUUGUCAGUGUUUGUGAAUUAGAUUUGUGUUUUUUUUUCUUUGUUAGUGUGGGAUGUAAAAAAAUGGCCAGGUGUAUAUGAUUUUAGGAAUUUUUUUUAAAUAUUGAAUGUACAUGUAACAUAUCAAGGAUUAUUUAUGCUAUAAAAUGCUUAUAAUGAAUUACAAAAAGUGCAAAUUUUUAAACCCCUUAUUUGCUGAGAAAUAAGAUGUAAUAGACAGCAAGACUCUUUUCACAUCUUUUGGGGUACAACUUUGCAUAAGAAUAAUGUUAAUGUUUGGAAUUGACUCAUUAUGUCCAUGCAGAUUUAUUUUGAAUAUAUCUAAUUCUCAUCCUCUAAAUAGUAUCAAACAAAAUUGGAGGGACGUUUAAAGGGAAGGAGAAAGUGAAAAAUUUCAAAUAAUAUAUUACAUAAAUAUUAUACAACAGUAUGUUAUUAUUAUUAUUAUAU